AUGAUACACAAAUAUAUGUAUAUCUUCAAAGAACAUAAGGAUUCUCUUCCCCCAUACUCAAAGGAAGAAUUAACUUUCACAUGUGUUACUAUUAUAAAUCUAUCUGUUGAUGUGUCUCCCGGCUCAAACCACAUUGUCCGUAAGUCAUCAGAAUCAGCAGUAACUGUUCCUGAUGUACCAAGUUUCGAUACUCUCUUCAAGAAGACCGAAGCUGCCUUGGGUGGCCCAGAUUCCGGACUUACAGAGUUCGAGAGUGCGACUGGCAUUCCUAACCGUUUCCUCCUCCCUAAGGGUAACGAACAGGGUCUGGAGUUCGACCUUGUCGUACCUGUGACGGAUGAUAACGCUGACGCAGCCGUAGAGAGACUUCACGAGAAUACAGAAUUCAACCACUAUGGUGCUCAUGCUUCCUUAGGGAUAAUUCUCACUGCCAAUAUAGUUCCUAAAUCAAUUAAAGCAUGA